AUGUAUUCUCCCAUAAUUCAUUCAAAACAAAAAACAGUUUUAAACAUUUCACUUACUAAGCUCGAUGAUUUUCACAAGAACGUAGUGAGAUAUCAUUCGAUUAAAUGUGUAGAUGGUCAGGACUAUCGAAGGUAUAAAAUACGAAGUUAAGAAUACGCUUAAUGCAAAACUAAGAUCGGAGAUGGAAAUGGCAAACAUGUAUUUAUAUUAAACGAUGGUCAUGGCACAUCAGGUCUACCUAUAGCCAGAUUUGUUGGAAUGGAAUUGGAUAAGUAGUACCAAGAACUUAUCUCAAAAUUGGAUGCUAACAAUAUGAAAGACGAAAAAGUUCAUGAAGAAAUUAUUGAUCUAUAUAAAAAUACCGAUGAAUUAUUGUCAUAAUAAAGUGAAAUUGACACUUCUCAAAGUGGAUCUUCUAAUAUCUCAAUACUUAUAGUUGGAGAUCAAUUAUUGUGUGUUAAUUGUGGAGAUUCAAAAGCCUUAUUUUACUAUAAAAAUGACUUUUAAGAAUAGACGAUACAUUUGUGGAGAAUGAAAAAUUUGUCUUUUGAACAUGUGCCAUCCAGAGAAACAGAAUUAUUAAGGAUUAGAUCUCACAAUGGUAGGAUAGAUUAAUAAAUGAUAAGAGGAAUGAAGUAAGGAAACUUAUAAAUUUGGACAAAAAAUAAAUUGGAUUAAGGAUUGCAUAUCACUAGAUGUUUUGGUAAUAAAGUUCACAAGACAGUGGGAGUGACAGUAGAACCUGAGAUUAUUCACUUCAGAUUUCCAAAAUCUGGAUAUUUGGUACUUGCAUCAGGUUCAUUGUGGAGUUAUUUGGAUACUAUGGAUAUUGGAUAGGUUCUCAAUAAAUAUAAUCCUCCCAAAUCAUAGAGUGAAAUAACAAGAAUAGAGAAUGAAAUUUUAGCGAAUGCCCAUCAUUUUUGGGAUGGGGAACACGAUGGAAUUCAGGAUAUUUCUUUGAUGAUAAUCUUUAUUGAUUUAUAAUUAUGA